AGCUGCUGCUGCUGCAGGCGCCUCUCAUCAUCCGUCUUCAGCGCCUGACGCACAGGGGAUGCGCCAUGAGUAACUCCCCGCGCUCCUCACCGGCACCUGGCUGCGAGAGAAGCGUGCAGAAAGCGGAGCUCAGCAGCCGCAGAUCUUGACUUCAUAGAUUGUGGUUAGGAAAACAGAUAACGGGCUCCUGGCAUCUCCAAUCACUUUGAGCGGUGCUGGAGUCUGCAGCUCUCUGGAAGUAAAUGUGAGAGGAACUGGACUCUCUAACAGGUUGUUCAGAUAUUCUUCACUCUAAAAGGGGCUCUAGGAGCACAACCAAGGAUGCUAUUUCCCAGAUGGUGACUUCGAAAGGGUUGGAUGGAGAGCUGGUCGAAUGUCAGCGGGAACUAUCGUUAUAACUGGAGGCAUUCUUGCUGGGGUGAUACUGCUGUGCAUCGUAGCAGUUCUCUGUUACUGUAGACUGCAGUAUUACUGCUGUAAGAAAAAUGAGUCUGAGGCGGAUGUGGGCUCAACGGCAGGAGCAGAUCCUCUGUCUCACUUUCCCUGCAACGCGUGCAACGCCCUCGCAAUGGACGGGACCGACAUCACCCCGGUCUCCCUGGAUCAGCUGGACUCAGGUUCACAGCACAACACCUGCCCCACAUGUUCGCCAUACCCCAUCCGCUCUGGACUUGCAGACGAUGUGCGUAACGGAGGGGAGCGGCUUGGCUUCCACACCUACUAUGAAAACAUGUCUGCCUCUCUUCCUCUACCUGUAAACCCACAGCGUUCCUCACCUUUGAGCUACUACAGCCCCACAGACGUUUUCCCUUCCCCGCCACGCCCCUAUAGCACCGACGUCUGACUCUCUGAUCACCAGUAACCAUUUUCCACGCAAAUACCCCAACAUGGUUAACUUGUAAAUGCCUCUUAGUACUGAAAUCAGGUGAUUUCUUGAAACAUGGCACAAUUAUACCUAGAUCAUUGCACAAUCUGACUUUAGUCACAGUCACCCACAAGCUCAGCCCACUGAUAGUGCUCCUGUGUGGGCAACAAAUUCAUGCAGCAGCCUACAAACGCUGCAGCAAGAUUAUUUCCACUUCAGUAAAUGGCACAAAUUGUGUCGUCCAAGGCUAAAUCCUGUCUUGCUAAUGUGAAAACAUUGGAGGUAUAAUCUCUGUACCAUCGCAGAUGUGGAAGCAUUCACACCUCAUGCCGAUUGAUCCCCAAAUUAAUAUUUUGGAAUAGUGAACCAGUAAAUAUUAAGCAUUAUUUUAUGGAAGUAAAUCUGUAGAAUAGGGGAAAAUUCCUUUUACCAACAAAUGAAUCAUAUUUUAGAAGCUGAUUUCUUUCUUGUGUCAUAAUGGUCUAAAUAACACUGAUCUUCCACAGAAGGGUUUUCUUCUCUGACACCACCUCAUGCUAUCCCUUACAAAACCUCUGUCAUCUACUUUAAAGUCUCCUCUUUUACGCAAACCUGUAUCAAUAUGCUGCAGACCUAGAAUUCAAUCUAUAGAGCUACAAACACAUGGGCUUCCACUGCCAAUAGGUAUAUGUGCACACCAAUUAUUGGUAGAGGUGCACAGAAAUAUCAGAUUUAUGAGAUGUAGGAUGAGGAUUUUUUUUGUGUGAAAUAAAUUGCUUUUAGAUCUAAUGUUGAUGUCAUGCUUCUUAUCCAAAACUAAAACCAAGGAAAUUCCUUUCUUUCACUUCUAGCUCUAAUGUCAAAUCUCUGUGCUGUUUUUCUGUAUCAGCAUGAAAUCUAAUCCAAACCGAGAGUAAAAAUCAGAUUAGCAGUGAAGAGCAGUUGAGGCACAUGAUUGAUCUGUCUUCAUGUGUUGUUUUAUCUCACAACAGGAUUCUCCUCCACAUCACCCCCUCAGUUUAGUUUCUAUUUGCCGUUCCUCUUCCCCUUUCUGCAUGUUAACUAAGACAAAAGGAAAAUGUGUGAACCCCAGCCUCCCUCCCCCUCCAUCUUACAGUACAUGAGGGCUACCAGUUUUCUUUGUGCAGUCGUUUGCCAGUAAUUGAAACUCCUUAAAGGAGUUGAAACAGGGAAGGUAAAGGGGAGUUUUUUAUGCAGUUUUGUGCAUCUUGCAGUUUCUACCGGUUAGUUUCAGUAAACAAGGAAAGUCUCAAGUGUUUUAAUUGUGACCUUUGUUGUGAUGAAGUGCAAGAAAACCAGGCUGUCAAAAUGGGAUGUUUGUUUCACUGUCUGCUGUUUAAUUUGGUGCUUUUGGCCUUUUCUUGGGUAAAUACAGACAAAGAAAGAGAAAUUCCUGGGAUUUUUUAAAAUUGUGAUAAAAGAGCGACAAAUAAAAAAACAUAAACUGAAAUUAUGUACCGUAUUUUAGUGAUGUUAAAGCCACGGAUGCAGUAUUAUUAUACAGUUUAUGCCUGAAUUUGUCUAUUUUUGUGAAAAGUAUCUAAUUUCCUCUUCUUCCGUUUUACUUUCUCUUCUUACUUGUGAAAUGUGUAUUCAGAGGCAACAUUUUACUGUCACAAAUUAUAUUAAGGGGGGUUUUCAGAGAUUUAGUUUCUAAUCCCAGUAGAGUGCCUUGCAAAGUAUUCAUACCCCUUUACUUUUCAGCAGUCCCAAAUAUUAAAUAUUUAUCAAAUAUUUGGGGGAUUUAUGUGAUAGAUCAAUGGAAAUUAGUGUAUAUUGUGAAAUGAUUGAAAUAAUUUUAGUAUUUAAAUUGAUUUGUUUAUAUUAAAAUUAACAUCUGAAGUCUGACCUACCGUUUUUGUAACCCCAGGUUUAGAUUUUUUUUUUUUUUUUGGAUAGAAAAAUAAAAAACAGUGAAGAGGAAUUCUGCAUUAAAUUAAUUCUCAAUUAGAUUCGGAUCUGGACUUUGAAGCCUGACCUAUCCAAACUGUUCCCUUUGAUCUGGCUGUUAGUUAAGGACCUUUUUUUUCAUCUUGCUGGAAGUGAAACAUCUGCUCUUCUAAGGCUGUUCCAGUAUCUAGCAUCAUUUAUCCAAAUAGGACAUUCCCCACAGUCAUGCUGCCAUCGCCAUGCUUGAUUGCAGAAUGUCUGUCCACUAGACUUUCUUCCACACUCUCAAGACUUCCUACAUGACUGUAGCAAACUUAACACCUGAGCUGUGGAUCCCAAUAGAUCCCCCAAAGAGAAAAUUUUUUCAGUUAUUUGCGUGUCCGAUUUUUGCCCUUGUGCAGUCAUGGCAGUUUUUUCAUCAUCUUUUCAUUUCACCGCUCAGUGACACAUUUAGCAGCCUUGGAUGUUUUUAUUUCCUUAACUUCAUUAUGUAGAUUAUUUUGCUAAUGUUCUGCAACAAACCUCUGGGCCUUCACAGAGCAACUGGUUUAAAUCUGAGAUCAUACAACUAAAUCUGCUAUUUGCCGUUUAGAAGAAAAUUUGACUUCAGGGUUGCAGAGUAAAAAGGGAAGGAAUUUAAAUAAGCACCAAUUAUUUUAGAUUUGUAGGACAUAUUAUGUCAUUUUCUUUCAAUGCUUGCCAUUAUGCAUUACUUUACAUUGUUCUAUCACAGAAAAGUUUAGCAAAAUCCACUGAAGGGUAUGAAUACUUCUGUAAGGGGCUGCUCCAACUCUAUAUCACAACGUUCACACCGUGCUUUAUCACAUCCUGUGCUGAUCCAUGUUUUUAACAGAUCUAUGUCCCACGACAAAACCACCACAUACAAUCAAUUACUGGUUUUUAUUUUCUGUUUCAAAUUAGCUUUCUGGUUUACAUAAUAUACUCUGACCAAGCAAAAUAUUCCAAUAUCUGGUAGAAUGAGCUUUGUACUUUUUGUUUGGUUUUAUUUAAUUUUCUGACCUUUCUUUCAAAUGUAUUGGUACAUUUUUUUUAUUUAGUACACCCUGUUAGAGUAAUAAAACCCAUCUUGUCUCUAUUAAUCUAUUUCUCACCUUUUUUCUUCUUCUUU